AGGGACAGUGCGACACGCGCGCUGAACGAGCCCGGACCAUGGCCACCCCUGACCUGAUCCUCGGGAGCCCCUGGAGACAGGACGAGAAGGUGGCGCCGGUAUCACAGGAGGCGGACAGAGAGACGGAGGAGUACGCGUGGCGGAUGGACGCGGGCGUGCUGGCGGUGGCUAAAGCAGAGCUGCGAGAAGACGCAGACAGCAGGAGCCACGCGCUGCAGCACCUCAGGCAGUGGAUCAGCCAGAACCCGGACCUGCGCGACUGCCGGACAGACUCCAACUUCCUGCUGCGCUUCCUGCGCGUGAAGAAGUUCAGCCUGCCCAUGGCGCAGCAGAUGCUGCUCAAGUACCUCAACUUCAGGAAGACGUUCGGCCACCUGGUCCGCCAGCUGGACGUGUCCGCUCCGUCCGUGAACCAGCUCAUGCGCAGCGGGUACAUCGUGGCGUCGCCGCUCAGAGACCAGCACGGCCGGCGCGUCGUCAUCGUGACAGCCAGGCUGCUGGACCCGUACCGCCACUCGCGCGCCGACAUGGCCCGCGCGCACAUGGCCACCUACGAGGCGUGCCUGGACGACGAGCAGACCCAGGUGGCGGGCUUCACGCACGUGGGCGACGUGGCCGGCGCGGGCGCGGCGCACGUCACGCUCUGGUCGCCCGCCGAGUUCGCCACCGUGCUCAAGUGGGGCGAGCAAUCCAUUCCCAUGAGGCACAAGGAGAUCCACAUCCUCAACAUACCAACAGCACUGCGGUACGUCUACGACUUUGCGCACAACCGCUUCAGCGACAAGAUGCAGAAGAGAUUCAUGAUCCACAACAGCUUGGAGGACCUUCAUAAAAAAGUGGACCCCAAAGUUCUGCCCAAGGAAUACGGCGGUGACAUGCCCCUCGCGCAGAUGGCUGAGCUGUGGGUGAAGGAGCUGGAGAGCAAGCGGGACCGGCUGCUGUCCCUGGACUACAUGCAGCUGCUGAGCGACCGUGGCAUCCUCUGCAGGAAGAACCAGCGCUACCACUACGGCAGCGACAUGGCUGGCUUGGCGGGCAGCUUCCGCAAGCUGGAGGUGGACUGACCUCGCCGCGUGGAUGUGCGGACGUGCGAGCUAUCGCGCCCGCGCAGAGGCAGGAUGCACACACAGACGUAACUCUCCCAGCGCACACGUUACCUCAGCCGGCCAAACUGCUGGAAUGGUCGCAACAGCAACCAUCUUGGAUUUUUACUUUUUUGCUCUUAUUAUUCAACCAAACAACUGUCAUGAAAUGGCCUUAUAUUUUUUUUUUUCCCCUUGUCACUGCCUGAUGUUUACUGACAGACUUCAGUCUGAGGAUGCCACGAGAAAAUAACUGAAUAUUUCAUGUGCUGACUACAACUAAAGAUAUGAAUGGUAAAAAUUUUGUAUUGAAAAAAUUGUAUGGAAGAAUAUAACCAUGUUUUUUUUUUCCGGAGAUUCUGAUAAUUAUAGUUUUUUCCAAUACCAAUACAGAUUAUACACAAUUAAAGUUAGGUUGAUGCUAAUUGUACAAUCUUUUUAAUGCUUUGAUCUGUAUGUGUUUAAGAGUUCAGUAUUUACUAUCUAUUACAAACUUAUUACAUCAUUUGUGAAAUAUUAUGUUCCUUUUUUAUACAGUAUAGGUACAGGUAAUAAACAUUGGAGUUAAAAAGUGGGUGUAUAGUACAUUUUGUCUUUCAUUAGCAUACACUGACUGACUUCUUUUGUUGUUUGGUUAUGUAGCAUAAAAUAAAUAACCAAAUUUAUUUUUCUCUUUCUGUGAAAGUAUAACACAUUAGAAAUUUUUUGCAAAAAGUACCUUUUACGGAAUACUAACAUCUCUAACAACUAUCACGAUAUUUACACCAAUUUACGGAUGUUGAUAAUUGAUGCCCCGAAUGAAUCCUAUCCAAUGCCUAACCUUAAAAUGUAAUACAGAAGCUGAACCUCAAGCUGUGGCUUCAAUGUUACAAAAGCUUGGAUAGCUCUCCUUAAGGUGAUAGUAUUCUAAAUUAUUUCGUUUCUAUAAUUUAGUAUUUGUACUCAUUAUUUUUAAUAAAUUCAUAACAGAUUUUUGUUAAGUAAUACCUAGUUUAUUAAUAGUGUUUUAUAAAUAUUAAUAUUUAUACAUUUAAUGAUUUUUGGACACAUAAAGGCUAAUUUUUAUGUCAAUUUUGCAUGGCAGGUAUUAACUUGGAAACGCCAUGUUUUGCACAUGGACAACUAUGUGUGGCUUGUACAAUAGUCGGCACGCCAAAUAGUUUGUAUGUUUACACUCUGGAUGGACAAACUAAAAACAUUGUGUACACUCAAACUUUGCAAUAAAAGGUUCAAAAAACA